CUUGUUCAUUCGCCCACCACGGAGCUGAACUCUGCACAUUGAUGUUGGUGAUAUCUCUGCAGCAUUGCCACCCAUGUUAGCCACUCACAGACCACGCGGCCCCUCCACAGAUGCUGCAAUGCUGCAUGAAAACCUGAUUAUCGCUAAAAGCGGCCCGACGCGCAUACGGAUGAUGGCCGCCAGCUAUAAGGAUGCCAGUGGGCGAGGGUUAAUGGUAUGCCCGCAUUUAUCACAAACACCCCGUCUUGUUCCCUCCAGCUCCUUCAGUAUGCCCAGAAAACGACGUGUUUUAUCUUUGCCUCAGAAGCUACCACCGUGCGACGGGCCAAAGCUCAAUAUCUUUCCAUAUCAUAAAUCGCGCAUUCAAUGGCUUGAGAGACUUGAUGAAGAUGACGACGUGACCUCAAGCCAAGGUUAUGUGUUUCGGGCUCUCAUUCGAGGCCGCGAGUACGCAGUAAAAGUAUUCAAGUUCUUUGACCCUAUGAGUACCGAGUACUUCUGGGGGCCACUAUUAGGUGAAGACACAUCUCUUGACACUGCCGCCUACUAUACCGAUCCGUUUUAUGCAGAAUGCCGAGCAUAUGGUCGAAUACGCGAAGCUACGGACAGAAGGAUUCUCAAAUCAGAUGUAGCUGUUGCCAGUCACGGAUUCUUCUUCCUUGAAUCAAAAGACCAGGAAGCUUUACAGAAUCGUAAUAUUGAUCUCGGACUGGAUUCGGUUGACAUCAAUUAUCAAAGGUCCACGAUCGGAGGGUUGAGAGCCAGAGCUAUCGUCAAAGAUGUUGCAUCUCCAGAAAGUGGCAUCACCUCGACGAACAUGAGAAGGAUCCUGGGUAAACUCGUCUCAAUGAACAAAGCAGGGAUAUAUAAUAUGGACAUACGUAUCGACAACUUCCGUGAUGGACGGCUAGUAGAUUUUGGAUCUUCUUGGACAGAGCCUCAUGCUCUUCUGGGCUCCUUGAGCUAUGAAGCUGCUACGGAAUCAAAGUUAGCGGAUCGGGUGAUGUUUGAACAAAUGAUUGAAGAUGAAGAGCUCAUGAACAGUGGGGAGGUUAAAGCGAUACAUCAUAUGCAGCUGAGAUCACAAGUCCAACGACAUUGAUGAUGGGUUUUGUUCGGAUUGCAUACGGAUAUUCAAUGAUACCUCCAAUUAUUGAACCUAGCCUAGAGCGCUUCUCGACAUCUCCUAAUGGAGCAUAUUAGAUAAGAACAUAAUGAAUGCUGGAAUGGCUUGUGGAAACAUCCUACUUGUCGGUUGCAUCAGCAUUGGCAAUGUAAAGAGUGCCGCUGACACUAAAAUUAGUAGCCGCGGGCCUCGCUUUCUAUAAUUAGACACGCAAAUACAUGCAGAUUCAGCAGCAUACACCCACCUCGAUGGUGCGAUACGCGACAUACUCUCUUGAAAGCUGUCCCCC